GAUUCAGUACGUGAGCGGCACUCGUGCGCGUUGCCUCCGACUCGAGCUUUUUUAAAAGGCCGUUCGCGUGUUGCCUUUUCCCCCACUUUAUCCGACGUUUGCCCCCUCCCCCCUUCGAGCAAAUGAAGAUUGGAAUCAUGGACGAGCCGGCGUUCAACAUCAAGUUCGUGGAGAUAGUGAAAAGGCACCCGUGCCUUUACGAUUUCACCAGCCCGGACUACAGCAAGCGCGAGGCGAACGACCACGCGUGGGCUGUUGUCAGCUCGGAGAUGAAAAUGUCAGUUCCUCAGUGCAAAGAAAAAUGGCGGAAUUUACGAACAGCUUUGGCUCGCAGUCUGAAGCUGAAGAAACUUACCAGCAACGAGCCCACGAACAGCUCUGCCGCGAAGCCAAAGAAGAACAAAGAGUACUACUUGAAAGAAGCCAUGGGUUUCAUCCUCCCUUUCUUACGCUCGAAAGGCCCCACGGACGGUCCAGAUUCAGGUGGGACCGACGCCGCUUACGAGUACAGCAACGACGGGGAAGUCUAUAACCCACAUUGCAAUGAACCCAACGACUACAGGACUCAUUACGACCCCAGACACUUCGCCGACUGUUCGCCAGCCGAGUACUCUUCGUCAUCCUCUGUCGCGGGUGUCUCGCGAAAGAGAUCCUACGAACCCUCCGCCGACGAGGAUUACUCCCAGUGCUACGAGAUGACGCCCAACACGUCGAGGAUCCCAACGCGAGGUGACGCGGAGGACUCGAGUAAGCUGCUCAGCGAUUGCUUCGAGUUCAUGCAGACCUCCAUGAUUCAGGACAGCAACCCUGAUCUCCAGUUCCUGAAGAGCCUGCUGCCCGACAUCUCCAAGAUGAACGAUCACCAGAAACGACAGUUCAAGAAGCGAACUCUGGACGUGAUCGACUCGAUCCUGUGUAACUCUUUCACGCAGAUCGUCGACUCGACGUGAUUCACCGUUCUCUGAGGAAAGCUCUGAAAGUUGGCUUUUGAAGAGGGUGCUCUGGAUCUCAUAACGCGCCGCAUGGAGUAGAGAAUAAAUCCUCGUGUGGAUCUGUUGAUACUACAAAUAGGUAGAGUACCUGUACGGCGAAAGCAUGGAUAUCUGCCAAAAUUAUGAUUGAAAUCGUCUGUAUUUGAUGGAAUUGCUAUUGUUUCGUUUAAUGGUCGCAAGGCAACAAGAGAAUAGGGAAGUUUCUCUAAUUUUCUGCGUCUAUCAGUAACAAAUUUUACCGGCAUGCUUAUGAUUGGCAGUAACAUAUUUAAGAUGACCCAUAUGUGAUUCAUUUCCGUUUUCCAUAAGUCUUGUGGUAUUGAAUUCCCUUUAGUGUGAGCGUAAUUAUUUCAAGAGAGAUAUCCAUUAAACUUUCACGUGUGACAGUUUCAAUCAUUUUCAUCAAUUUUUUUAUAUCUAUGUUAAAUUUAGAUUCUUUUUAAUUUAGAGCACUAAUUCUCACUAGUUUGUGUUACCUACAUAUCGUUUUUAAAAAUUGUUACGAAAAGAUUAUUUUAGGAACUAUUAUACAUUUUGUAUUGCCCCUAAA